AUGGAAUGUACGGAAACGUUUUAUAAACAAAAUGUACUCGAAGAGAUCGGAAGUCAACAUGUAGAUGACAACCAGAAGGAAAAAAUGUUGGAGAUGUUGAGAAGAUUUGAACAAGAGGGUGACGAAAUGGCGAGAGAAGAAUUGUUGAGUAGUGAUGAUGAAAAAGAGGAUUUUGUUGCACGAUUUAAAGAUAUCAAUAUUGAGUCUACUGACUUCAAAACAAUCUGGAACAAAUUAACACCACACGAACGAGAUGAAUUCAAAUCAAAAAUAAGUAACACAAACCCUGAUAAUUUACUCGAGCUUACAAAAGAGUUGCCAUUGUGGAAACCGUGGUGGGAAGAUUUGACGACAAGCAAAUCUCAAAAAAUAAUAGAACUCGAUGGGAGCAAUGACAAAGAUUCCAAAAGUUCAUCAGAGGUCAGAAGUGUGAAAGAUACAAAUAGACCGCUCAUACUAAAGGAUAUAGGGAGAUUAGAAGAUUUGACAAACAAAUCACCGAAUCCAAAUUUGGCUUUUAAUUUGGUGAAUAUUUUGUAUCCUAAAUAUCAUCCAAAUUAUGUAUAUGCGUACGCGUAUGCGUGCCGUAUUUUUAACGGUGACAUUUAUGAAAAUCCGGAAGAAUCUAUCCUUGUGAUAUGGUCAUUAUCCCCAAUCCUGAGUAUCAAUGAAAGUUUAAUGUAUGAAAGUGUAUCUCAGGCUCUUGCUAUAAGCAAUAGUAUCAUUCUUCAGAAUCCAAGUUACACUCAGCCGCCAGAAUUUUUACAUUUAAUUUUAAGUGACAUCAUUCAUUUACUUACAUCCUUGGAUAAUGUUCUUGCUUCACUUUCUGAUUUAUACAACCUCUUUCAUCAACCGUCAAUCAACAAAACCUUUGCUUCAUCCUCUCCAACCUCAAAAUCAUAUAAACGGAAAAUAUUUCUAACUCAAAAGAAAAUAUAUUUUUAUCUGGCAUACACGAAUUCCCUGAGACGGACUGAUGAAGAAAAAAAUGAAUUAGGUAUACUAGAAUUUAUGAAAAAGGGGUUGGAAUUUGAGAAAGAGAAGAGAAUCAGUGAGUUCGAAGAAUACCAAAAAAAUAAAGAAAGUGUUGAAGAGGUAAUAUGUGGUGGUAAAGUAGGGAAGGAUCGAAAAAAAUUAAAUUUUUGCGAGGGUGGCGACUUAAUCACUGAGAUUUGA